AACUUGAAAAAAAGAAGUCUUAAGGUUUGUCAGGCCUUGUCGUCAGCAUCAUCGUUGUUUUCGUUAGCGCAAGUUGUGCUUUGUGGCUGAGACUUCAAGCCACCAUGGCAGAGGUGCCUAAUGAGUUCCGCCUACACAUUCCCCCUAUAGAUGCGAUUUCAUCGCUCUACUUUGGUCCCAAAUCAAACCAGUUUCUUUUAGUGUCUUCAUGGGAUAGAACAGUGCGCCUAUAUGAUGUGGUUAGCAACACCAUGCGUGCGAAAUACAAUCACAGGGGUCCGGUGUUGGACUGCUCAUUCCAGGACGCCGUGCAUGCCUGGAGUGGAGGCGGUGACUGUUUGGUCAAGUCCUUCGACUUCAACUGCAGUGCAGAGACUGUUGUUGGAAGGCACAGGGACACGGUGCGAUGUGUUGAAUUUUGCUCUGAUGUCAACGUGAUUAUCUCUGGCAGCUGGGACUCAACUGUGAAGUUGUGGGAUCCCAGAUCACCAACUUGCGCUGCCACAUCCUUGCAGCCUGACAAGGUGUACACCAUGGCUGUUUGUGGUGACAAGCUGAUUGUGGGCACAGCCCAGCGAAAAGUGCUUGUAUGGGACUUGCGAAACAUGAGCUAUGUCAAACAGAAGCGAGAGUCCAACCUCAAGUACCAGACACGUUGUAUUCGCUGCUUCCCAAACCAGCAGGGAUUUGUGCUGAGUUCUAUCGAAGGACGUGUAGCUGUUGAGUACCUUGACCCAAGUCCUGAAGUUCAAAAGAAGAAAUAUGCAUUUAAGUGUCACCGCAUCAAAGAUAGCAGUGGCAUCGAGUUCAUCUAUCCAGUGAAUGCCAUUGCUUUCCACAAUCGCUACAACACAUUUGCAACAGGUGGAAGUGAUGGACAUGUCAACAUCUGGGAUGGGUUCAACAAGAAGCGCUUGUGUCAAUUUCACAAGUAUCCAUCAAGUGUUUCUGCGCUGGCUUUUAGCCACGAUGGCUCGCUACUGGCGAUCGGUUCAUCAUACCUCUACGAGCAGGGCGUUUUGGACAGCAAACCUGCAGAUGCCGUCUUUGUUCGUCGGGUCACCGAUCAGGAAACUAAGCCGAAGUAACAUUCUUGUAGAUGGCUUAGCUUUCUUUUUAUAUGUGGCAAAAAAUAAAUAUGUCUUUGUAACAUGUA